GUCACAGUCGAACAAAAGAAACUCAAGCGACAGAAUCGGAGUAGUUUAAAAAAGAUCCAUGACAAUAAAGAGCAUGAUUCAUCCCCUGUGGAAAACAUAGAAAGUGACUCAGUUCCUCCACCAUCGAAAUCAUCAAAAAUUCCAACAGAAACUGUUUUACAAAAUUUAAGUUCACUCACUGCGGAAUUUAAUGCUGUUGUGGAUUGA